AUGCGGGGUAUUGCGCGAGGGGCCGACCACGCGCUGGCGCGGGCUAGGCUCAGUACAGAUUCUAUGAACGUAGAAGAUGAAUUAUUUGCCGAUCUUGAAUCGAGCGACAAAUUUGACCCUGGAAGUGAGGAAGAGGACCAAUCUUCAGAGGAUGGCAACGACGAGCAGCUGCAAUUUUCCCGCCUAUCUGCCAUAAAUAUAGAAUCAAAUUCACCGAUCAGAAGGCCACGUUCCGCCCCACCACAUUCGACGCCCGAUACUUCAGAAGACCAACUCAAUUUAUCCCAAGAAGAUAUGUAUUCGAUCAGACCAUCAGUUGAAGGCUCUAUAUCAGAGUGGACUGAGGUAGGCGAAAUGAAAAACUUUACUUUUACGCGACUCAACGAAUUUUACGCUAAUCCUGGGAUAAGACCUAUUGAUUAUUUCGACUAUUUCUUUAGUGAAAAUUUUCUUAAAAUGAUUUGUGAAGAAACUAAUAAACAAGCAGUCAAAUUAUCAGCUGGAGUGUCACAAAAAUCUAGAAUAUCGGCAUGGAAGGAACUAACUGUUUCCGAGUUUAAAGUUUUUUUGGGUCUACUCUUUCAUAUGGGCACUAUUCAGCUUAAUCGUCUUCAGGAUUACUGGAAAACAGGCAGGUUAUUUUCCAUACCAAUUUUCGCUGAACAAAUGGGUCGGAAUAGAUUUCUACUGAUUAUGAGAUGUCUCCAUUUCACGUCUGAAGCAGAUAAUGGCGACCCAGUGCAAAAAGUUCGCAGUGUCGUCGACUAUUUCAAUACGAAAAUGAACGAAUGUUAUUACCCCGCGAAAGAAUUAUCUUUAGAUGAGAGCAUGAUAUUAUGGAGAGGUCGACUAAAGUUCCGCCAAUUUAUAAAAAAUAAACGUCACAAAUAUGGGAUCAAAUUAUAUAUGCUCACGGAACCUGACGGUUUGGUUUUGAAAUUCCGUGUGUACGCAGGCGGUCUUGACCACGAAGUUUCGGGUAAAGGUCACGCCGAGAAAGUAGUGAUGCAGCUCAUGAAUGAAAAGCUUCAUAAUGGCCAUGCACUAUACAUGGAUAAUUUCUAUAACAGUUUGGGUUUAGCGAAAAAACUUCUCGAUAAUAAUACGUACUGCACUGGAACAUUACGCAUUAAUCUGAAACAAAAUCCUCAAGAGGUCGUUCAAAAGAAUCUGAAGAAAGGAGAAAACAUUUCUAGGUACUGCCAAGGAGUUCACAUAGGAAAAUGGAAGGAUAAACGACCUGUUACCUACAUUACUACAGAGUUUGAAGAUAAAAUGCUUCCAAUAACUAAUAAACGUGGACAAGUCGCUCAAAAACCCGAGGCAAUAGCAAAAUAUAAUGAUUAUAUGUCUGGAGUCGACCGGCAAGAUCAGUUGUUAGCAUUUUAUCCUUGUGAAAGGAAAACUUUGCGGUGGUACCUAAAGGUUGCUAUUCACACAUUCCAGCUGCUACUGAUAAAUUCAUUCAAAAUAUAUAAUAAGUACUCAGGUCAACCUAAAAUGACUUUAUAUGAUUACCGCUUAUCAGUGAUAAGCGCAUUGCUACCAGAUAAACAUGUCAAAACAAAUCCAGGACCUGUAAAAAGACAAGUUCCUAUGCCGCACAAAAUCAGUAAGAUUACGGAAAGAAAUGCAAAAGGAAAAUUGAAACGUAAGCAGUGCCGCCAAUGCACAAAAGAAAAAAAACGUACAGACACUAUUUGGCAUUGCAUUACUUGCAUCGAAAAACCUGGAUUAUGUGUCGAAUGUUUUGAAGUAUAUCAUUCUUCAAUUUGA